AUGGGCAGCAGGAAGAAGGAAGCUGCCUUGCAGGUCAACAUCAGUACCCAGGAGCUGUGGGAGGAAAUGCUGAGUUCCAAAGGACUAACAGUUGUUGACGUCUACCAAGGCUGGUGCGGCCCCUGCAAGCCUGCGGUGAGCCUUUUCCAGAAGCUGAGGCACGAGGUUGGCCCGGACCUUCUGCAUUUUGCACUGGCGGAGGCCGACUCUCUUGAUGUCCUUGACAAAUACCGCGGGAGGUGCGAGCCCACCUUUCUGUUUUAUGCGGGCGGAGAGCUGGUGGCUGUGGUUAGAGGCGCCAAUGCCCCACUGCUGCAGAAAACCAUCCUCCACCAGCUGGAGGCCGAGAGGAAGGUGCUGGCCGAAGGCGGAGAACGGAAAGCGAUUAAGGACGAGGCUCUGUCUGAUGAAGACGGAUGUCUUUCCCGUGGAAAGGACGGUCGGGCAGACGAGGACGUGGUCUCCUCGGAGAAGACCUGUACCCUGGCGAUCAUUAAGCCAGAUGCAGUGGUGCACGGCAAGGCUGAUGAAAUUAUGGUGAAGAUCCAGGAAGCUGGGUUUGACAUCCUAACGAGUGAAGAGAGGACCAUGACAGACGCAGAGAUGAGACUUUUCUACCAGCACAGAGCUGGAGAGGAGGCAUGUGAGAAGCUGGUGCACCACAUGUGCAGUGGGCCGAGCCGUCUCCUGAUCCUCACCAGGACUGAAGGCGCUGAGGACGUGGUCACCGCCUGGAGAGACUUCAUGGGGCCCUGCGACCCCCAUGUGGCCAGAAGGGAGCAGCCUGAAAGCCUCCGGGCCCAGUACGGCACAGAAAUGCCCUGUAACGCCGUGCACGGAAGCCGGGACAGGGAAGACGCCCACAAAGAGCUGGCCUUGCUCUUUCCCAACUUCCGCUUUAUGGACAUGGAAGCCCCUCAGGGAACGCACAGGCCUCUCUGCCCUCGUAUCCCUGCGCCCACCUUUGCAUGGGGAGAGGGGGUGAUGGUGGAGGACCUUCCCUUUCCUGGGGAGCAGCCACAGCCUCUGCAAAGGCUCACUGGGCCCUCAGCCCCUGUGUCUGGUUUGCUCAUCUGUGAAAUGGAGAUAACGACAGAUAAACCAGCAUCCCCAGAAAAAGCUUCCUCACAGAGCUGGCGUGAAGACAAAGGUGGACAGGACGCAAAGCUCAGCCUGGUGCCUGACACGCCUCAGUCCCUAACACACAAGUUGAGCCCGGCCUGCUGUCCCUCCCACCUGACCCCCACCUUCGUGGGCAGUGAGCUGGGUGGAGCUCCCCUGCCCUCCCGUCUCUCUGGGGACGGCGGCUGGGACAGCAUCGGAAGUCCUCAAGAACCUGCUGUUCCACAGGCAGCGAUGCCGAAGGCUGAGGUGGGCUACCAGAAGGUGGGAACCAAGGCCCGCAGCCCCGGGCGUGCUGUGUCCGGCCACUGUGUCCCCCAUGACCUCAUGCCACCUCUAGGUGCCAGCAAGCCUACGUUCAGCACUCCUCAGGAUCUCAAAGGGAAGAGGAAGGCCGGUUCUACCUUCACACAGUCAAGAACCUUUGGUGAGUUCGCCUUGAAGCUGACCCAGAAGUCGGAGCAGGUGCCAAGCUAA